AUGGCAGAUCUACUCAAAAGACAUGUAACAAAUCACGACACAGAGCCUGCAAGCAAGCGACAAAAGCGCGAGAUCGCUCGCGACACCAGAGUCGUUCAGGCCUGUGAAGCUUGCUCUCAAAGCCAUCUCCGCUGCGAAGACGAGAAGCCAUGCAGUCGAUGCAAGAAGAAGAAGAUGCCCUGUCGGGUGCCUGAAACCCCGGUUACAGACGAAAACGACAUACAUGAGAUUGAUGCAGUUCAUGCGGCGCAGGAUCUGCUCGAUUUGUCGAAUGGCUUCGAUUACCCCUCAUCGCUGCCGGCUCACGGCGGCAGCGUCAAUACAUCUGCAUCGACGACCUCAGAGACUCCAGAGCCAUUUCACAACCACGCGACCCUAGUCGUUACCGACGCGAAUACAAUGCACCGACACUCCAUAGCUUCUGGCGACCUCGAGACAAGGACAGCAGGCAUGGGCGACAUGCAGCCACCACCACCCAACAACGGCGGCGGCCUUGUCGCGAUGAACCAAAAUUACGAAGACCCGAGCGCAUCUAUGCCUUUCUUCGAUAAUUCGAUUGCGCACUUUGAUAGCACACCAGGGCACAAUCCUUUCUUGCCCGACUACUUCCGCAGCAUGCCGCCGUUUGAAGCCUUCCUCUCUGGCCAGGCCACUCCACGAGGUAUCAUGGACCUCAGUUUCGAUCUAGAUGUUGGCUUGACCGACCUCGAUCUCGGUCUCCUUGACCAAUACAACUUCCAGGUCCCGUUCGCUGCUGAUACACCAUCUACGGACGCCCAUGGCGCUGAGCAACCCCCACCCGAGACGGAUACCGCGCCAGUAAGGGCGGAAGCCUUCAAGCAGAGCAUCUGGCGUUAUCUUCCACAACGUUCCAGGAACCCCACUGCGGAACAAGUCAACUUGGCUGUCCCGGAUACAGAGAAGGACAGUUAUAGACGAUCAAACUUCACACACCGCCGCGUUGUGGCAGAGAAGUAG